GAAAGAAGCAUCUCAUUCACAUCCCUCUUGCAUGGUCUGACUAUAAAUCCUAGGGCUCGGAAGCUCCUCUGCAUACUGCCAACUUCGCAUAAGGUUCCCCGAUCCUCAAUUCACUUGCUGCUCGUAAUCUUCUCUCCAAAGUUUCGAGGGCAAUCUGCGACCAUGCCGAAGAAUAAGGGUAAGGGAGGUAAGAACAGGAAGAGGGGAAAGAACGAGGCGGAUGAUGAGAAGCGUGAGCUGGUUUUCAAGGAAGACGGGCAAGAGUAUGCCCAGGUGCUUCGCAUGCUCGGCAACGGCAGGUGCGAGGCCAUGUGCAUCGACGGGACCAAGCGCCUUUGUCACAUCCGAGGUAAGAUGCACAAGAAGGUGUGGAUUGCGGCCGGCGACAUCAUCCUUGUCGGCCUCCGCGACUACCAGGAUGAUAAGGCUGAUGUCAUCCUCAAGUACAUGCCCGACGAGGCCAGGCUUCUCAAGGCAUAUGGAGAGCUACCCGAGAACACCCGCCUCAAUGAGGGCAUCGCAGGGGGUCUGGAGGAGGACGAAGAAGGCCCCGGCGAUGAUUACAUCGAGUUCGAAGAUGAGGACAUCGAUAAGAUAUAAUCUGUUUUUGAUUGCUGAAGCUGUUUGAGUUAGUUGGUGGCUGUUUCAUACUAUGGAGCUGUCUUUAAUGUAGCGAAUUGGCGUAAGGUAGAUUUCACACUAUAAGUGGAUCACAGAUGUGGGUUGAACACAUGUGUAAUACUGAAAUUAUGCACCAUAUUUGGUAAAUUUUGUUGUUGUGCAAGUGAUUUUACUUUAGGAUUCUAUGCUAAGUACCCUUAUUAAGG